AUGGGUUGUCAGUUGGGAAAGCUGGCUUCGUCGGAGAGGAGGUCUGGUGACACGGUCUUAAAUGAGGGGCCUCCGCCGAAAACGGAUCCGCGCCUGCCUCUAACUGCCAAGCAGAAGUACUCCAUGGUAGCAUCAUGGAAGGGAAUUUCGCGAGCCAUGGAGAAAACUGGGAUAUGCAUGUUUAUUAAAACUGCAUCGCGUGCAGUCAACUCUUAUCAAAAAGGGGUGCAUAAUUACUGUUUCAUAUAA